UCGAGCCAUGACAAUUGUUGAUAAUCAACUGGAGUUAUUUUUUUUUGCUUUUGAGUGAAACCAUUUCAAGCCAAGCCCUUUCCCUCCGGGGGGCUUUUAGAUCACAUCACAACAAACAUAAGAUACAGACUUGCAUGAAGGGUUAAUGGAAAAUCCAAGGGAUAUGGCUGAGCACACUCUCCGCUCAGAGCGGAAGAGGAGAGAUUCUUUCGGGAUGUUUGACGGGUAUGACAGCUGCAGUGAAGACAGCAGUAGUAGCUCCAGCUCGGAGGACAGUGAGGAUGAGGUCCCCAGCAUCCCCACCAGCCUGCCUAUCAUCAAAAACAAUGGCCAGGUGUACACCUAUCCUGAUGGAAAAGCAGGAAUGGCAACCUGUGAAAUGUGUGGUAUGGUUGGUGUACGAGAUGCUUUCUACUCGAAAACAAAGAGAUUCUGUAGUGUGUCCUGCUCCAGAAGCUAUUCCUCCAAUUCUAAAAAGGCCAGUAUACUGGCGCGACUUCAGGGUAAACCACCAACAAAAAAGGCAAAGGUCUUACAAAAACAGCCAUUAAUGGCUAAGUUGGCAGCUUAUGCACAGUAUCAAGCAAAUCAGCAGAACCAAGCUAAAUCAAAAUCAGUUGUUCCUGUUGAAGGCUUUGACUGGGGCCGGUACAUCUGUAGCAAUAAUCUGAUUGGGGCACCAGUCAGCUGUUUCAAACAUGUGCCCAUGGGUAUGUGCUGGGGUGACAUAGCUGAGGGGGUGAGGGUGGAGGUCCUCAAUUCUGACACAAACCUCUCCACCAAAGUUUACUGGGUAGCAGGAAUUGUCAAACUUGCAGGUUUUAAAGGUCUUCUGCGCUAUGAGGGUUUUGAUAAUGACUCAACCAGAGACUUCUGGUGUAACCUGUGCAUGCCAGAAGUCCAUCCUGUUGGAUGGUGUGCUUCUAGUGGAAAACCACUGGUGCCUCCUAAAUCCAUCCAGCAUAAGUAUUCUAACUGGAAAGCAUUUCUUGUGAAACGACUCACUGGAGCCAAAACUCUUCCACCGGAUUUUGCCACAAGGGUGCAGGAGAGCAUGCAGUACCCGUUUAAGAAACUGAUGCGUGUGGAAGUGGUGGAUAAGGCUCAGCUGUGCCGGACUCGUGUGGCCCUGGUAGAACAAGUAAUCGGUGGUCGUCUGCGCCUGGUCUAUGAGGAGAGUCAGGACGGCACUGAUGACUUCUGGUGUCACAUGUUCAGCCCUCUCAUCCAUUCCAUUGGCUGGUCACGAAGCAUCGGACAUCGUUUCAAAAGAUCCGAGGUGAUGAAGAAAAUAGAUGGUCUGAUGGAUGCUCCCUCACAGUUGUUUCUUAAGGUUAAGGAUGUGGACCAGAGUGGGGAAUGGUUUAAAGACGGAAUGAAGUUAGAGGCAAUAGAUCCUCUCAAUCUCUCUGCUAUAUGUAUUGCUACUGUAAGAAAGGUAUUGGCAGACGGGUAUCUAAUGAUCGGGAUUGAUGGCUCUGAGGCUGCUGAUGGGUCAGACUGGUUCUGCUACCACUCCACCUCUCCUUCCAUCUUCCCUGUCGGCUUCUGUGAAAUCAACAACAUUGAGCUCACACCCCCAAGAGGGUACACCAAACUCCCUUUCAAAUGGUUUGACUACCUCAGAGAAACAGGCUCAAUUGCAGCCCCUGUGAAGCUCUUUAACAAAGACGUGCCAAAUCACGGCUUCCGUCCUGGGAUGAAGCUGGAGGCAGUGGACCUGAUGGAGCCACGUCUGGUGUGUGUCGCCACGGUGACCAGGAUCAUUCACAGACUCCUGCGCAUUCACUUUGAUGGCUGGGAGGAUGAGUAUGAUCAGUGGGUGGACUGUGAGUCUCCAGAUCUCUACCCAGUAGGCUGGUGUCAGCUGACUGGCUAUCAGCUGCAGCCGCCCGCCGCACAGGCAACAAGAGAAGCACCACCAAAUGUCUUCAAACAGAAAAAGAAGACUGCGCAGUAUAAAGGACAAAAGAAAAAGAGGAAGAUUCCAGUUGGGAGGAGGCCGAUCGGUUUGGGUGGGCCUCUGAGGAGGAGGAGCUUCUCGGGUGAUGAAGAGCAGACUCCACCCCAUUACCUGUCCCACUUCUCUGGGUCCAGGCGACCUCCCAUCUCAGGUGUAGAGCAUGAUCGCUCUCUCAACUCAGAGGCCUCACUGCAGUUAAAGGAGGAGACUCCAGAGAUCGAUGAGUUCACCUUCUCGCAGGGCAUCUCGGAUCAGGAGAGCAACGGCUCAGGCAGUUACUACAUCCGACAGGAGCCCUGAGCAUCACAAGCCAUCGCGGAGGCUCCCCUCACUGCCAACAGCACUGGAAAAAAAUCUCACUCUGAGCAUUGCUCACGAGGCCUGGGAAAUACACAGUGACUUCCCCUCCACACCAGGUCUCUCUCUUUUAUUCCAUUUUCAGGUUAGAAAAGCUUAAGACUUUUCAGUCCGAUUUAAUCCGAGAGAGAUGUGUGUGACAAAAGGGGAUUUUGUUUGGAAUGACAAUACUGUUGUUUGUUCUGACUUUUUGUUUUAACAAUUUGCCCAAUGGACUUCCCCCCCCCCCCAAGUGUUCAUUGUACUUGAAGUUCUCUUUGCUUUUUUCUUCUUUAUUUCCCCUUUUUUCCCUUUUGGUGAAAAACGAUUCCCUUUUAUUGUAAGAUUUCAGUACCGUGUGUGUUUCUUGCGCUGUUUUGGAUGGGUGUGCAUUUGGUAAGAGUAGUAAAAAAAAUCUUUAUUGAGACAGUAUAUUCAUAUAUGUAUGACAUUCAUAUUAAACACACACGUAUAUAUAUAUAUAUUUAAACAUAUAAAAUAUAGUAGUGGAAUGAGGGGUGAUGGUAUUGAAAUCAAACCUUACUGGUAUGAAGAGUAGACUAAUGGAAAACACUCACAAUUUGCACUACAGGGGUAAAAAUAUGUAUUGGCCUGUAAAAGGAACGUAAAAACUUGCAGCUUUAUUGUAUUACUCGAUUAGCAAACAGUUAUAGAAAUGGGACGUGCUCAAGUCAAGUUGAAGAUUGAUAUGCAAAAAAAAAAAAAAACAGAAUACGCCAAUGUUGUUAUCUUUUUGAUUUCAUACUCAAGAGCCAUUUUUAUAUGGGACGAUUGAAGUAUUUCUUGAGCCACAGAAUAAAACAUAA